AGACAUACCUAGUUUCUGCUUUAAUUAAAGAGAUUGAAGCAGAGGCUGUUAGGGGUCUUUUUGUUUUGCCGUUUGUCGCUCAGAUUUGGCAUUUUGAGAGAUGAUUGGCGUUAAUGCUAGCAAUUUUCUAGUUAUACAGUUUGUUUCAAGAAGUCCUAUUGGGGGGUAGACGUAAUCUUCACCCUUUCGAAUUAUAUUACAUUACGGACUAUUUUUUUUUUUUUUUGUACUGGUCAUAAUUUCCAGAUUUUCGGGGGUGGGGGUGAUGGUAGUGGCAGGAAAACUUGGAUGUUUGGUAGUUGCGUAUAUGAUGUUUGUUUUUUAAUGCUGGUAGGUAAGUAAGGAGGUUUUUGUACCAUGGCUCGUACAAAGCAGACUGCCCGCAAAUCGACCGGUGGGGUGAAGAAACCUCAUCGUUACAGGCCUGGUACUGUGGCACUCCGUGAAAUUAGACGUUAUCAGAAGUCCACCGAACUUCUGAUCCGCAAACUUCCUUUCCAGCGUCUGGUGCGAGAAAUUGCUCAGGACUUCAAAACAGAUCUGCGCUUCCAGAGUGCAGCUAUUGGUGCUUUGCAGGAGGCAAGCGAGGCCUAUCUGGUGGGCCUCUUUGAAGACACCAACCUGUGUGCUAUCCAUGCCAAACGUGUCACAAUUAUGCCAAAAGACAUCCAGCUAGCGCGCCGCAUACGUGGAGAACGUGCUUAAGAAUCCACUAUGAUGGAAAACAUUUCAUUCUUUAAAAAAAAAAAAAAAAUUUUCUCUUCUUCCUGUUAUUGGUAGUUCUGAACGUUAGAUAUUUUUUUUCCAUGGGGUGAAAAGGUACCUAAGUGUAUGAUUGCAAGUGGAAAAAUAGGGGACAGAAAUCAGGUAUUGGCAGGUUUUCCAUUGUCAUUUGUGUGUGAAUUUUUAAUAUAAAUGCGGGGACAUAAAGCAUUAAUGCAAGUCAAAAUGUUUCAGUGAACACGUUUCAGCAGUUCAACUUUAUAACAAUUAUAAAUAAACCUGUUAAAUUUUUCUG